CUCACUUGUUCUACAUCUACUGGUCAAAAACAUUGAGUAAAGGCAAAGACAUCCACCUCUAUAAAUCUCCUGUAGAAAGGCCCUCGGUUAUUGUUUCAUACAAAACCUUGCAUUUCCUGCUUGCUGAAUGGUGAUAGAUUGAAGAAGAAUAGAACAGAGAAAGAAGAAAGAGGUGUUAGAAUGUAUCCAGGAGGACCACCACCUCCAGGGGGAGGUUAUCCUCCUCCACCAGGGCCACCUCCUCCACCUGGGCCUCCGGGAGACCCUUAUUUUUUUCCUCCAGGAGGGCCGCCACCGCCUCCAGGGCCUCCAGGGCCACCACCACCUCCAGGUAUGCCCUAUUUCCCCCCUCCAGGACCACCACCACCCCCUGGCCCCCCAGGGGGACCUCCACCCCCAUGGCCUGUAUAUGAACCUCCUCCACCUUUUGCACCUCCAGGACCUGGAGGGCCACCUCCACCAUGGGGACCUGGUCCUCGUUGGUAGGGCACAGAUGGACUGCUCUGCUUGUUAUCUAUGUGAUGUCUAUAAUUUUUAAGCUUCUGGGUAUGGUGACAUGCAAUAUAUUUUGGGGGGAUUAGCCUAGUUCCUAUUUUGAGGUCUGAAUCUGUCCGCAACUACAUAAAAUAAACAGUCAGAGGUUAGCUAUGGAAGCUUAAGGUCCGUUAUAUGUUUAAAACGAGUCAUUUCAGAACAUAUUAUGUUGAAGUAUUGUAAUCAAUGUUGCAGUGUUGGUAUAUAAGUGAAUCUGGGCUCUUUGUUUUGAAAUGGGAAAGGGUCAUACUAUGCAGACUUUGAUUAUGUUGCUUUCCAAUUUGGGUUGCACUAAAAUGUUGAAAUAUAUUUAGAAGUGCAGGGUCUCUUGUUUUUGAGACCUAAGAUGUAUGAAUGACUAAUAUAAGAUUUAGAAGCACAGAGAAUGUGAUAUUCCUGCUUGAUCAA